CACGUCGCUCUAACACUUUACGUGUGUGACAAAUUCAUCUUCACCAAGUUCGUGUUUUUCAAAGUCAAAUUCAAAUUCAAAUUUCGAUUUCAAUUCCGAUUUCAAUUCAAAUUCCAAUUUCGAUUUCAAUUCAAAUUCCAAUUCCAAUUAAGAAAAAAUGCUUCCUUUCAAUUUCAUCAUUUUCCUAAUUCUCCUCAAUUGUGUUCCUCCAAUUAAAAACGAAGAAAACAUCACCGAAAUUAUUUCAAUUCCCCCAAAUAAUAACACCGAAAAAAAAUCCUCAUACCCAACAACCGUGAAAAUAAUGAAAAGUGUCUCGGAUAUAAUAAAUAAAAAAACAAAAGACCCCGCUCCAAUUUACGAAAAUCUGGAAAUUCAACUUAAGAAGAGCACUUUCGAAAAUGAAUCAUUAAAAUCGUUAAAUCCGCCACAAAUUCAUGAAGUCGAUCAACGUUCGUUGAACAAUAAUAAACGAGAAUCGGACGAUUUCAAACCAAGUACAUUUUUGGGAAAAAUUGGAGAAAUCAAUUUUACCGGAAUGAUUGUGAAUCCUUUUUUAAAAGCGCAGCAUAACGCUGCUUCGGUGAACUUGCUACCAGAAAUAAAUCAUCAUCAUCAUCAGUCGGUAAGCCAGACAGCAAACAAAUUCUUCCCCGAUACCGAUAACAGAUACAAGGCAGAUCCAAUAAAAACUCAACCGAUUCAUCAACAUACACAAAAUUCACAAAACUCACACGAUGGUCAUUAUCAAUUUUCCCUCAGCAAUCAUUCAGGAUCAUCGCAAAAGAAUUCGAAUAUGGAAACAAAAGUAAUUCAAGGAAUGAUUAGCAUAAAACCGGCAACAACCGAAAAUACACAUUUAGAAACAACGGAACAUUAUCAAAAUAACGAUCAUCAUAAUCAAUAUCAUCAUCAACAAUAUCAGCAUCAACCAAUACCAAAUCAAUACCAGCAUCAACAGUACCAAAAUCAGUACAUUAAACCAAACUAUUAUCCGAGUGGUGAUCAUCAAAAUAUUCAAAAACCGUAUUUUAUUGACGGUACGGAAAGACCCGUUAUUUUUGAGAAUAAUAUAAAAUUCCCCACUGGCGAACGUUUUGCGCAGCAAAAUUAUAACACUUAUGAUUUGGGAAAUGUUGUAAAUACAGUGGAGCAACAUUUGCAGAGACCGGAAUUUGAAUUGGAGCAUCAAUUUAGAAAACCGGAAGUGUAUGUUGAUCAUUAUAGGAAGCCGGAAGUUUUUAUUGAGCAUUAUAAAAAACCAGAGGUAUUUGUUGAUUAUUUGAAAAAACCAGAGAUUAGUAGUAGUGCAAUUGAUAAUUUACAUACGGGAAUUUUUGGUAAUAAUUGGAAUAAUAAUCAUUUGACGAAACCGGAGAAUGUUUAUUUGAUAACACAUGAAGUGGCUCAUAUGAAGACGAAACAUAUUCCCCAUCAGCAUUUUCAACAACAUUUACCGCCUGUUCCGCAAUUACCAACAUCACUGGAAUUACCGUUACAUGAUUGUAAUUUGAAGAAAGCCAGGAUAUCACCUUGGAAGAAAAUUUUUCACAUUCUCGGUACAGCAAUACCAAUUGGCUUAUUAUUUGCCGCAUUAACCCCAAAGGUUGUUACUCUUGAGCAGAAUAAUACCACGGAACCGAAUAUUAUUCUUCACAAGAUGAAAGCCGAUAAUAUGCCCAUAGAGCACAGAGAGGGGAGAAUUUCUGCUAAUCGUGACACGUGUGAAGAAAAAACAAUUUGCGAAACAAUAUUAGAAGGAGGCAAAGGAAAAUCAAAUGUUGUGCAAAACGCUUUAUGGAAUUUGUCCAAAAGGAUCAGUGACGAAAUUGCAAAAAAAAAUGGUUUGGAAGAAAUUUUUGCAGCUGCCAAACGAAAGGAUUGUGGUUCAUUGACUUGUUAAUCAAAAAAAGAGAAGAGAAAAAAAACGCGUGACUCUUUAAAAAGGAGAAAAAAAGAAAAGAAGAAAAGGAAGAGUAAAGAAUAUAAAAAAAUCACAUCAUCGCGCACGGUCUUUGAACUAUAAAGUUGAAAGUUGUAAAGUGUCUCAAAAAGCGAAAUUGCAAUUCUCACAAGGAAACAGUCCUCGCAUCGCGCCCAAAGGCGAGGUGUGUAUGUGAAGGAAUUUUUUUCCGAUUCAUUUCGCACGUCUCUUUGCGUUUAAAAGCUAGUGAAAGUACAUAGUUGACUGUGUUUUAUAUACAGGUCAAAAGUGGGUCAGACUUUUUUUUGUGCCAGAAAGGGCCAUGGGUAGAACAGACUAUAUACAAAACAAUGAGGUUCCGCCUCUCUCUCUUACUCUGCUCUUGUAUCUUUUUUUUUACUCUUUCAUUAUAUUUUAUAUUUUUCUGUUUCAUCCCACGUGUUGUAAACACUUUUUUUUUCAUUCAAAUGACAAAAAAAAUAAUUAAUGUAAUUGCACACCUUUCACUGUAAUGACAACCUACA